AUGAAUCCCACGUACGACGAUCUCUAUCUUCAAUCCGAUAUGUCUCAGAACGAUUUAUUCGGCGGCGUGGCUCUCCCAACGAUGCCCGGCGACUGGAACUUUGAAUGGAACGAAGAGACUUACAACAACAAUCCUUAUCUGCCUUUAGGGCCGGCUGCUCCAGCAGCUCCACCGGAGAGCCCGCAGCAAGAUCAGAAGAAAAUCAAUGAAAUGAUUCAGCAACUCGAGAUCUUGAACUUGAGUAUCAUCGAUCUGAAGAAUACUCUUUGCAAACGGAUUGAGGCGGUCGAGGCGGUGAUGGUUGCAACUCAACAGUAUGCAAGUCAAUUGGUGCCCUGGUCCUUGGAACUUCAUGAGAACUACAAAAAGAUGCUAGGAGCCAUUGAGCGGCAGGGAUCAGAGCCUUCGAAGAGGAACAACCCAUAG